AUGAGUAUUUUAGAACACGAUCCAUCACUUCGAUUUCUUGUUGAUGCAUAUGUAAAUCAAAGAAAUCCUCCUAAAGAAAAGCUUGUUGCUGAAUUAGGAAAACUAAGGAUGGGUUUUUCGUAUAAUUGGCUUGAAAAGUUCAGAGAUUCGAAUAUAAAUCAAUCUCUUGCAGUUGUUUUAAAUGCAAUAUUCAGAUAUGCAGAUCAUUCCGAGCCAACUGUUAGGAUUGGCGCUUACAAUGCUUUAGGCGGAUUAUUAAUGUGCGUAACUCCAUUCAUUUCACACGAAUUUACAGAAUCAUUCAAUAAAGCAGUUGCUCCAUUACCUAUUUCACCAAAAGUAUCCAUUGCAAUCAUUAAUACAUUCGUAUAUUUAACAAGAUUUAUUUCUCCUGUUCGUAUCAAUGAUUUCGUUUCAAAAGUACAAGUAUCAACUCAUUUUAAUGUCGAUAUGACAGAAAAUCUUAAAUAUUUACCACAAAUCAUCCCAUUAAUGACAAAUUUACCUUUAGAAUUCCAUCAGAACAUUUUGAGAUCGUUGGUCUUCAAAUGCGGUAGAAACCCAAAUGCCGCAUUUGUUUCAUGUGUCGUUAGCUUAAUUGACUGCAAAAAUCAAUUAUUAAGUUUGCUAGAGCAAUUUAUACAAGAAAACAACUUAUCAAUAUGCGCAAUAUGGUUAGGACCACAGAUACUAUCGAAUAGAAAAAAUUACGAUGCUUUAUCCGAAAAAGGAAAACAUUUAUUUAUUGACGCAGCUCUUGAAGAGUUAUCAAGAGAAUCUGCAACCAAUCUAUCAGUUUUCGAAAGCUCCUGCAUGAUUUGCUCAUUACAUCUCAAUUAUAUCAAGGGAACUCCUGAAUAUGAUUCGUUUUACGAGAAAAUCCGACAAUUUACACAAAAACAAUAUUCGUCUGUAUACAAAGUUAGGUUGUUUUUGCUUCCUACACCUCUAGAAGAGCUAAAAGACGAUGCAAAGGAUAAUGAUCAGAUAAAAGCAGCGAAAUUGCAAGCAAUUGCAUCAUAUUUCGAAGCUAACGAAAACUGUGAUGCAGAUGUCAUUGCAGAAAUGCUUUUAAAGUACAAAAAUUCAGAAAAUGAUUUAUAUUGUGUCUUAAUUGAGUCAUUUGCCAGAUGUAUCAAAGGAAUGUUAAGGAGAUGCAAGAAAAGACUUCAUUUACAACUCCUUGAACUCAUUUUGAGGACGAAAAAUAAAAAUUGGGUUCAUGAUGAGGCCGUAACUAAGGUUAUAGACGAAAUAGAGCCUAAUUUGAUACCGAGAUAUGUUGAUCUUGUUGUUGAUAGGCUCAUUGAGUUCUCUUUAAGCUCAAAUGAAAGAUUAUGCAAAUCUGCAAUUAAAUCUUUCGUCAGAUUCUCAUCUUAUUCGAAUAUUGACAUGAUACUUAACCGUCUGAUGUGGAGUGACUGGAUAGACGACCUUGUUUGCGAGAAAAGAUUCAAAUUAUUAUCAAAAUUAGCGAAAUACUUCAAAACUCCACAGUUUUCUUAUUUCGUACAGAUCGCAUAUGAAGUAUUAGAGCAAUACGAUGACACACGUGUUACUCCAAAUGCUUUUCUCUUCUUAAGUCGCGUUCCAGAAAAAAUUAUUCCGGACAGGGUCAGAGAAUACACAUUUAGAUACAUAGUUAAGUAUUGGCAGCAGUAUACACAGUCCUCUGUCGACUCAUCUCUCAAGAAAUACGUAGAUAAGAGUAUUGAUACUCCAUUCUUAGACAGUAUCGACACGGAUAUAGUAUCAAACCCCGUAUUAAGCCACAAGAAGGCACUCAGACAUAUCAGAAAUGCUUUCUUGUUCAUGUGUAGCUUAUCAACCGAUCAAAUCAGGGAUAUCAACUCUCUUUUCAUGAUUUCCUUGAAGCUUAUACCCGUAUUCGACAUAAUAGCCCUUGAAGAAGCCAUUCUGAUGUAUAAUGCCAACCCGAAUAAUUUUAAUUUGUUCUGGGACAUGAACCAGUACUUGCUGAUGACCACUUCCGAUGAUACAGUUGCUGCCAGUUGCCUUUCCCUCAUUAUAAGGACCGGAAAACCCAUUCCUGAGAAUAUUCAACAGAUUGCCAGAGCUUUUUUGGACGAUGACGUGAUAGAAAACACUGAUCUCUUCUUCUUCUCGUUCGUCAUCAUGGACAUGAUCGACCACGAGUUCGCAAUGGCCUCAGUUGACAAACUUUUGAAGAGAAUCACAAAAACUUCUCAAAUUUCUUUACUUUACAGAUUAUUACACGUAUCAGGCCAAUCAAUUUUACCAAAAAUUUCGGACGAUAAAGCUCUCGCUUUCAUUGAAUAUUCUAACGAACAAAACGGCCGAUACGAUGAAAAAAUUGAGAAUUAUCUCAAAGAAAAUACAAUCACGGAAUGGUUAAUAAAUGAUGUGCCAAUUAACCGCAACUUAACGGUUUUCUUACAAAGGAAAAGUGAAGUGAAGUGGCAUUUGACAAAAUCUGACACUUUCACUUCACUUCACUGGGAAUAUAUAUUUUCGCACAGGGAUAAUUUUGAUUUAGAGAAUUUAAUUGAGUACAUCAAAGAAAACCGUCGAAAAUUCAAUACUUUUGACAUUUGUGAUUUAAUUGAUGAAAAACCGAAAGAAAAAACAUUUAAUUUGACAAAAAUAGAGAACACGAAAUUGAGUACUGUUUCUCCUAUUUUAGGAUUAAAUGUUUUUGUGAAAGAAAUCUCUUUAUUAAGGUCAUUCUACGAAAACAGGAAUUCACAAGUUGACUCCAGUUUAUUCAUGAAAAGUUUCGAAUAUUUCGAACUGAAUUUCGACAUAAAAGGAAUGAAAACUCUUCUGGAUUUCGCAAAAAGAGUCAAACAACCUCUGGAUUUGUCAAUAAUCCAGAAACACAUGAUUGUACUGACAGAUAGAAUUUUUGGUAAUUUCAUUCAAUGUUUUGCUGGAAACGGUUUUGUAAAUAAUCUAUCGUCCGAAAUCAAAGAAAAAAUUGAGAGAAAACUUGGUCAAAAAAUUGACAAAAACUUGAUUUUGUAUUACACUAAAAACAAAAACAUUGCGGCUUUUGUCGAUGCAGACCCUGUUUAUUUCUUAGAUUUCUUCAAAGACGAACCAGAUUUCAAGGUAAAACAAAUUCCGCCACUUUUAUCGUUCCUUUCAAAUCCACUUUUCCCAAUUGACUUCAUUUUUGACUUUUGUUUGAGGAUGUUUGUGAUUUUCCCUGACAUGACGUCUUCUAAGAAGAAAUCCGCUUUCACAAGAUUUUUGUUGAUGUGUUGUGAAGCUGUCAAAACCGAAAAAACCGCCCAACAAAAAUUUUUCAUUUUUAUCAAACAAAAUUUGCCAAAUUUGAUUCAAGUUUGUUCUGAUAGUUGUUAUUUAGAUAUCUUUAGAAUUCUCAAGUAUUUGAUACCAUUUUUGGAUAGUAACAAUUUACCAAGUUACUUCACAAACGCGAUUUCUCUUCCUUAUAAUUCUAUUUUACUUCCUCUGUUUAUUGAAUUACUUUUUACGGUUUCUCUCAAAAAUAUGACAACAUUUAAUUUGACGCAGAGUUACAUUGAGAACUGUUUCAAUUAUUCGAACAACAGAGCAUCGACAAUUGCCGCAAUUAUGAGAUCUUUGAGUUUGUUAACUGAUGUUACUUUUCCUAAUAAUAACAUGACACUAUCUUUGAAAGUAUUUCCGAUUUUGUUUAAUUAUUUCGGAUUGAUUGAAUUGAAUUUCUUGUUGUCGCAGAAUUUUUCGGAUUUAGUUUAUUCUCUUUUGACGAAUUCGAAUUCUAAUUUAGUUCCAACUAAUUUUUGUGACAAAAUCAAAGUCAAAUUUUUAUCUGACAAAAGAAAAGCAUGCAUUUGUUAUUGUUUAGAGUUUUUAGUUCAUCUUGGAAUAAGGGAUAUAGAUUUGAUCAAAUACUUGUUCUCUCUUCCUUUCGAUAAUGAAUAUCUCAUGAAUUCGAUUGAAGAAAGCUAUGGAUUGACGUUGCAAAUAACUACUGAUGAAAACUCAAUAAGAUCAAUCAAAAACAUGUUUAUUUCUCUCGCGUCUGAGAGAUUUGUUUCGUAUCCGAACGCGAGAUUGGGAAGAUUCUUAUUGUCUGUUUUACAAAGUGCAAAACAUUUGGAUGUUCCUCAGUUUUUGUUUAAUAAUUUGUCAAAGAAAUCAAGAGAUUUUGUCACUUUGUUUUCUGUUUUGGGAGUUUUCUUGAAUCAGCAGAAGUUUUCUACUGAAGAAUGCGCAAAAUGUGUAGAUAUUGAAGCAUUUAAGUUGCAGAGUAGAAGUCAGUCAAUGAUGUUGAUUUGCUCUGGAAGUAAAGAGAAUCACGGACUGGCUUUCGAAAUUGCUGCUUCUGAAACAGAAGAUGUUUCAAUGAUAACUCAAGAAUACGAGAAAUUCUUACAUCCACAAUAA